AUCAAAGACUUCAUGAUCCAAGGCGGCGACUUCGUCAAUGGAGAUGGGACGGGAUCUUGUACCAUUUACGGUACUCCAAGGUUCUCGGAUGAAAAUUUCCUACUGAAGCAUGAUCAUGCUGGCCUACUUAGUAUGGCAAAUUCUGGUCCGAACACAAAUGGGUGUCAGUUUUUCAUUACAACAACUGCAACCCCCUUUUUGAAUGGCAAGCAUGUUGUUUUUGGUAAGGUGGUCGAAGGGAUGGAUGUCGUGCGGAUGAUUGAGAACACCAGAACGACGCGAGAUAAGCCCAACCAAGAUGUUCUGAUUGUGCAAUGUGGGGAAAUGUGACACAAUGAUCGAAGGAUGUUUUAGCAUCAAGUUUCCAGUGGCAUGAUAUUUUCCAUUUAUGUUAUACAGAGAUAAAAAGAAAAGAGCCAUAAGCAUUAAACCCAGAAAAAAAAGGUAGCUGUCCUUUUGUGGAUUUCCAUCAGUCACUCAAGUUCUGUCAAUCCCACUAAAUGUUGACUACAGUAUAACCAACAACCUAUAACUUCAACUUGCCAAGGUAAUCAGAAGCUAAGCUGACAGCUUCGUCGACUCUGUCGGGAUUGACUCCAUUGCCGACUGAAGUAGCUCCUUUGCCUCCCGCCUUUCCCCCGACUGCACCAGAAACGAUAGCU